GCAUGGUGGGCUAUCUCCUCAUUUGAACAACUUGGAUCAAAUCCGCAAUAUUGCUCGCCCUGUCGAUAUACCAGAUCAAGGUCUUCUCUGUGAUCUCUUGUGGGCUGAUCCUGAUAAAAAUGUUAAAGACUGGGGAGACAAUGAUAGGGAUCUCUCAUGUACAUUUGGGGCAGACACGGUUGCUGAGUUUCUUCAGAAACAUGACCUUGAUCUCAUCUGCAGAGCUCAUCAGGUAAUGAAAUUCAGAUUGAGAUUGACCUUCCUAUAGCUGGCUUUGACAAGUAAGCUCCUGCUUGCAUUUUUGGAAAAUUUUCCAUAUGUUUUAACUGAAUUUCCACUAAUUGAAAUCAUUUAAUGCUCAGUAUUGCUUUAUUAACACCAUGUGCUCAUAUCAGCGCCGCUGGAAACCAUUUUCUUGGUGUUGUACAAGAUGGUUAUGAGUUCUUUGCAAAUAGGCAGCUGGUUACCAUAUUCUCUGCACCAAACUACCGUGGUGAAUUUGACAAUGCGGGUGCCAUGCUGAGUGUUGAUGAUACUUUGACAUGUUCCUUUCAAAUACUCAAGUCUUCAGAGAAGACAGGAAAAGCUGGAUUUGGCAACAAUAUGUUGAGACCAGGGACUCCACCUCACAAGGGUGGGAGGAGUUAAUCAGUCUCCAAAGGUGUGAAUGAUAAGAUCUAAAGCGCACAUGGGGUUGCUCUGUUCUCCAUUUCGUUUCCAAGCUGUCCAGAGUCAAAUCAAUUUCCGCCGCCUGCCAUAGCUUCAACACAGUGAGGUAUUGAUUAUGGUGUAGCAAAUAAUGACAUUCCUGAAAAAGCUGAAGACUUGCCUCUAUUGUUCAAACAGAUAUGCCAACCUAAGAGUGACUCACUUCUGCAAGCUGCAAUUAUGGUGCUGAUGCUCUCAGUCAAGAAUGCUUGCAAAGUGGGUUGGUUUUCGGAUAGAGAGACUAAUGAGCUUCUCAAACUUGCCAAUGAUGUAGGAAGUUGCUUUUGUAGCCCAGGAGGUAUUAACAUUGGACCUAGCAAUUUGUAGGCAAAUGUUUCAGAAAUUAUGUCUCGUCUUCCAUCAAUUGAGAAGACAAACUUGCUUUUGAGGGAAUAGUUUUUCUCACUAGGCUUUACUUUUAUUGCUCUCUUAUUUGAUUGAUUGAAAUCCUGGAGCUAGUUUAUAGUAAGAGUAGUGGAAUUUUGAAUAGUCAAUUAAUCUAUCUUCUAAUCAAUGUUAGUUCAUUUGAUUGUCCGUUAAAUUUGGCCUUUUCCUUUGAGUGACUUGCUAUUUUCCAACUCCAUGAGAGAAAUCCUUUGCCUUAAAUAGUUAUUUACCUGUGAGGAUAUGGAGUUGAGGCUUUUACUUUG